AUGUCGUGGUGGAAGAAGCCUUUGGACCUCGGAGUCAACGCUGCGGCGAUGACGAGCGAUCACGAUGAUGAUGACCAGUUCAAUACAGAAGUGGCGCGAACUCUUGCUGAGGCAACGCUUGGCAUCCUGUUGGAGCUGGAGCGGCUCCGCUUGCCUGCCUCUGACUGGAUCAUCGUUGAGAGAGCAGUAGAGCGAGUUGGAGCUUCUGUCUGUCGUCGAAUGCUAUCUCGAACCAAAAGAUUCUUCGAACGCGAUUUCAGGGCGAACGGUGGAUCAACUUCUGCUCACAUAGAAACUCCAGGGCGUGUCUGGGCUGGCCUUCUGCUCCACAAAGUUGGUGUAUCCCGAGAAGACCUCAACUAUAUCUUCGGUGUCGCUACUCUCUCACAGCGUCGGCUGAUAUCGGAUGCUGCUGGAACAGCCGGCAGCACAAAGGGUUGUCUCGUGGUCCCGGAUGUUGUCGAGCCCCCAUCUAAAUCGCACCAGCAGAUAGCCAAGGCGCUCACGCUCGGUCUCUCAAUGCUCACCAUCACUGCUAAUGACCUAGAGGUCACGGGCCGAGUCGUGGAGCGGCUCGGAACCGACGUCGCUAGGGACAUGCUGGCGUUGACCCAACAGGUCGAGGAAGAGGGAGGAGAAAUGUCGCGAGAUGGGACUAGGAGGAAGACCCCCCUCAACGUCUUCCUCAGCCUCCUCAAGUUCAAGCGCGAUCGUUUCGGGGUAACGGAUGAGGAUCUUCGCUACAUCUUCGAGAACCCUAAGAGGCUCCGUCGCGAUACCAUUCGGGAAGACAUGCACUAUGCACCAUCACUAUUCACUCCAAUUCGGCCUUUCUCCCAGCUGGAGAAAUCGGGCCGCGACAGAGACACGAUUGAUUUCAUCAAGAGCUUCCUCGUCCCUGCCCUCCCAUGCUUGGAGUACAUCCCUAUUCAAGAUCCACGGCUGGAUACUGUUAUCGCAGGAACGGUGUUCUUGGGUCCUGCUAAAAUGAGCAUGGUCGAACGAGCAGUAUACACAUUCGGCUCCGAUUGGGUCCACGAGACUCUGCAGAAGAUCAACGACGACAUGAUGGCUGCAGAAGACUCGAAGUUUUCCUGCACCACUGCCUUCAAAAACUCCAUCAAGGAAUAUGGCACUAUGGCACAGUAUGACUUCGUCGUUGCUCAAGCGUGCGAGGCUCAUGUCUCCCGAGAUGAGGUUGAGGAGCCAGUUCAACAGAAACGAGUCACCCUGGCGCCCAGGCCAAACGCCGUCGCUCGCGGAUCAUAUGGUAAAGGCAAAGGUAGAGGCAAGGGCAAGAGUGGGAAGGGGAAGGGUAGAGGGAAAGGUGAUGUUGGCAAAGGCUGGCGUCGAGGUCACAGUAGUUGGAGGCAGCAUGAUCCCUAUGAAGAGGACCGCUAUGUUCCUGUACUUGGCAGGAAGCGAGAAAGCCCAGAGCGCGUCGAUGAGGAUGGAUUCGUUACGGUAAAGCAACGUCGUGGUGGCAAGAGGACCUCCGAAAAUGAGGCGGUGGAGCUUCGGCCUGCCUUGGCUGUGACUAAAUACACUGAUCAUCUUGCAACAGACCACCACGACCCAGCGCAGCCUUCCCCCACGACGCGGGACAGUCUUAUCACGGUUUUCAAACUGACAACGUCGAACACAAAGACAAAUGCCUGGUUCGUGGCUGUGAAGUCGGGUUCGGUAGAGCGCGUUAAGGAACUCCUUGAGAGUGGAGUAGCGACGCUCGAAAUCAUUGAUAAUGAAGGCUGGACGGCUGCGCACCAUUGCGCCAUGCUGGACUACUCGGAAAUGCUCGAGUUUCUCGUCACCAAGAAGGCCGAUGUGAAUGCGACUAACAAGAGCAAAAGGACGCCGUUACACAUUUCCGCAGACUGGGAUGCUAGAGACUGCAUGCAUAUCCUCACAUCGAAUGGCGCUGAUAUCUCACUUAAAGAUUCCGCUGGCCGGACGCCUAUCCAGUAUGCUUCCGAUGAUGCUCGAGGGGUACUGAAAGAGAUUGCACGAGCAACAGCAGAGGCACACUCUGCCUUCAAGAGGACUACAAUGAGAAAGCAGACUCAGGACUUAACAAAUUGCGCUCUCGGCGACAGGUUGCGCCCUCAAGAGGACGAUAGAACACAUCUGAAGCCUCCUGUGCUCCACCGUCCGCUGAGCGCUCGCGGAUCUGCUGAUCCCGCGCUGUUUCUGUCAACAUCGUCAACCUCCAGCGCUCCACCAGAACGGGAGAGGCCCAGUCGGGCUGCACGUGUCGAUCGGAGGCAACAUCUUGAGCAGGUCUUCCAGGCCUCUAGGAUGGGAGACGUUGAGACACUGAAAGCCUUGAUGAAAAAGCAGCAAAUAGACUUGAACGUUCAGGAUAAGGAGGGAUGGACUGUUAUGCAUCAUGCGAGCUUUAUGGGGCAGACACAUAUAGUUCGCUACUUGAUUGACAACGGCUUCGAGAUAGGACCGAAAAAUAAGUUCGGCCGUACUCCCCUUCAUCUGGCCGCCGAGUGGGAUAACGACGAGGUUGUGGAACUGUUGCUUUCCAGAAAGGCCGAUUUCAACGUGCCAGAUAAGGACGGCUGCUCUCCACUAGAAUACACUGCGACAGGCUGGGGACUUGUCUCGAAGUUUGAUGGAGAACCAGUCUUGGUCCAAGCGAAGUUCACUGCUAUCCGACGGAAAUGCGCUUUCCGUCGCAGCAGUGUCGGAAGCUGUGAGAAAUGUUUAGAUGAUCUCGUCGAAGAGGAACAGUUGGGCACUGGUUUGACAGCUGAUGUCUAUAGCGGUACCUGGCAUGGGACUGAUGUUGCGAUCAAGAGAGUCGAUUGGACCAUGGCAUCGGAUUAUGAAGCCACCAAGGCUUCUCUGUUGAGAGAACUGACUCUCAUGACGCGACUACGGCAUCCUGGGAUCGUCAUGGUCAUGGGAGCUUGCCUCUCUUCCCGUCCGCUCAGACUCGUUUGCGAACUCUGUCGCGGAGGUAGUUUGGACUCGCUGCUCUACAAGCAGCCCGAGGUCGGGCUGUGCUCGAAACAGAAAUGGAAGAUGUGCAUGGACGUUGCGCAAGCAAUGAACUACCUGCACACAUCGACGCCAAUGAUAGUGCAUAGAGAUCUCAAGAGUCCAAACCUUCUCCUCGCUCAUCCAGUACUCCUGAAAGUAUCGGACUUUGGACUCAGUAGAGCUACGGCUGAAGGUGGUGACUUCGCGGUGAAUGCCGAGGGGACAUACACUUGGAUGGCACCAGAGCUACUGGAGCGCCCUGACUUCUACACUGAAAAAGUGGAUGUGUAUAGCUAUGGCAUCUGUAUGUACGAGGUAAUGGCACGGAAGAUGCCAUUCUCAGAAAAAGGCUACGAGCCCCUAUCUAUAGCUCUCCAUGUUGCCAAAGGGCUUAGACCCGACAUCGCGUUGAUCCCAAGUGGCACACCUAGAGAAAUGAUCGUUGCCAUGGAAGAGGUAAAUGGUGCCCACUUUACCUAA